AUGGAGACCCCCACCUGGCCCCGGGUGCCCUGCCCCGAGGCCGCCGUCGCUCGGAUGCUCCUGCUCGGCUGGGUCCUCCUGCAGGUGGCCGGAGCCUCAGGGACUACAGAGGUAGUAGUAGCAUAUAACUUAACUUGGAAAUCAACUAAUUUCAAGACAAUUUUGGAGUGGGAACCCAAACCCAUCAAUCAUGUCUACACUGUUCAGAUAAGCCCUAGACUUGGAAAUUGGAAGAGCAAAUGCUUCUACACCACAGACACAGAGUGUGACCUCACCGAUGAGAUUGUGAAUGACGUGAAUCAGACCUACGAGGCGCGGGUCUUGUCCUACCCAGCUGAUGCCACCGAUUACUCUGGGGAGCCUCCAUUUACAAACUCCCCAGCGUUCACACCUUACAUGGAGACAAAGCUUGGACUGCCAACAAUCCAGAGUUUCAAACAAGUUGGGACAAAACUGAAUGUGACCAUACAAGAUGCACGCACCUUAGUCAGGAGGAACGGCACCUUCCUAAGCCUCCGGGAUGUUUUUGGCAAGAACUUAAGUUACACACUUUAUUACUGGAAAGCGUCAAGUACAGGAAAGAAAACAGCCAAGACAAACACUAAUGAGUUUUUGAUUGAUGUGGAUGAGGGAGAAAGCUACUGUUUCAGUGUUCAAGCAGUGAUUCCAUCACGGAAGUCUAACCAGAAGAGUCCAGAAAGUUCCACUGAGUGCACGCACCACAAGAAAGAAAUGCUCCUCGGCAUUGUAAUUGUGGUGCUUGUGGCCGUCAUCCUCACCAGCAUCCUGUCUGUGACCCUAUACAAGUGUAGGAAGGUGCGCGCGCAGCAGAGCGGGAAGGAGAGCUCCCCACUCAAUGCUGCAUAAAGCUCGUGCCCUGGGAGCAGCCGCCCACGAUGGAUUAUAUGUUGCACUGUGACCAAGGACUUUUAAGACAACAGAAUAUAUAUAUGGAAACACAAAGGACUAUUUUGGAGCAUGGAGACUCUUGGGCUCAAAGAAAGCUCUUGAUCUGACCUGUUCUCACAAUUAGCAUUCUGGUUUCCACGACAGCAUCAGACACUUUGGAAUGUAAUGAACGGUACAACCAAUUCCAAGUUUUUUAAAUUUCUAUUUUAAUACUGUGGCACCUUUUGCACAUAUCAUGUGUUAGAAUGUAUAUUCUACACCCCAAAUGAAACCAGAACGUCUAAUCAAAAACAAAUGAACAAGAGCCUUUAAAAAAAAUCCUUGGGUCGAUUUUUGGAAAACUUUUGAGAAGCUGACUUCAAAUCAUGUGGGAGAGUAAAAUGGAAAUUGUGUGGACUUUUCUGACAUAGAACAUUCUUUUGUGAUAUAUGGUGUUUAGGUUCUUUUUUGAGUUCUUUUGGAGUUUUACAACAAUUGGCAAACUUUUAUAUGAAUGUGUUAAAUGCAGAAGACUUCUGUUUUGGGGCACAUUCCUAAAGUGCCUUAAGGUUUAGCACUUUAACUGACUCAAAUGCUAUGGAUUAAGCACUUGAUAGCUGACUAUAUUUUUAUAAGACUACUAUAAAGACCACGUAGAGGUGAUGAUUUAAGGUACUGCAAGCUUUUGUGGUCAAUAUUGUAUAUAUUUAUAUAAUUUUCUAAAAGGUUUUAUACAUGGGGAUAUUUUAUUUAUAGAAGUAAUAUUGUUCUGUUUGUAUAUAUUGAGAUAAUUUAUUUAAUAUACUUUUAUAUAAAUAAAGGUGACUGGGAAUUGUGA